AUGCACCGAACCGGUUUGGUGCAGACGAGGAUCCCAGUAGCCACUGGAGCACAUGCAGGAGAGGACGUAGCCUGUUGUGCAUCAAGUAAAUGUGGUUAUAUCGUGUUCAUCGGGCAAAUUCACAGUUCAUCCGGGUUGUCCAUUAAGCACUAUCCGAGACGCGGCGCGGACGAGGCUAGGCCACGAGAAAUCACAUUUCUUAAUGGGAAUGACAUCAAACUAGCGGAUGUCAUGACAAGGCGGUGGAACAGGACUUAUGAAGUAUUUGACAGGCUUCUAAAACUGGACUCCUUCACCCGACCUGGCCUUACAGAAGGCGAAUUCCGUCAUUUUCUCACACGGUGCAACGGUUGUGAGCUUAUCAUGACAAGGCGAAUGUUCGAACUUCACAACUGUGUAGGAAGGGCGGAGACAGACACAGAGGUAAAAUUUAGAAAACGAUUUGAGCCCAAAAUGUAUGGUGCGUAUAUCACUGGAGGAAAAGGACAUAAACAAAGACUACCAAAACUAUCAUACUGGUGGUGUGCUGUCCACAAUGGUUCCGAACCUGACUCUCAAGAUAGUUCUACAUCUGAGUCAUGUAACACGCUUAACGCAUCACUAUCCACACUAUCAAAUGCCAUGCCUGCAAGGCCAGACACGCGCAACACACCGCGUGAAACACCAACCCCAGUGUCAGCUUUGCGAAGUUUUUGCGCAACGUUUCCGGACAAGUACGCAUUCUGCCCGACGCUCCGAGCGCUGAGCGCUGAUGAGGCGAACAGUGAGAUCGCUGUCGCGAGUGGUCUCCCAGAAUGGGGGAAGACAUAG